AUGUCCUGCUACGACCUCUUCAUCGGUGGCUCUGGCGUCCUCCGGCCCCAGCCCCUGGCCGGCAGUGGGAACGAGCCGUGCGUCCGCCAGUGCCCUGACUCCACCACCGUGAUCCAGCCUCCCGCCACGGUGGUCACCUUCCCCGGGCCCAUCCUCAGCUCCUUCCCGCAGGAUUCCGUGGUGGGAUCUGCUGGAGCUCCCGUCCUUGCAGCCUCAGGGGCCUCCGGGGCCUAUGGGGGAUUUGGAUCCCUGGGCUAUGGGGGUUAUGGCUCCCUGGGCUAUGGGGGUCUGGGGGGCUAUGGGGGCCUGGGGUCCUAUGGGGGUCUGGGGUCCUGUGGGGGCUCCUCCCUGGGCUACCAGGGUCUGUAUGGUUUUGGGCGAUCCUUUGGCUCCUGCGGCCCUUGGUCCUCCCGCUUCGGCCGCUACCGCCGCGGCAGCUGCGGCUCCUGCUAA